AUGUUGGUGGGGCGGGGCCUGGGCGGGGCAAGGACCGGCCCCCGGGUCCGGGGCGUGUGGCCUCGGGGGUCUCGGCCCCCGCACGCGGGCGCGGGGCGCGCAGGCGCACAGGAGACUUGCGGGGCAGCCGGUAGAAGACGUUUUGGGGGGGCCGAGGCCCAGGGGUCACCGAGGUCCCCCCUAGGGACCCGACGGUUGGAAAACGACCUCCGCCUUUCCCCGAGGAGCGAGGCCGGGCCCGUUCCCCUGCGUGGCGGGGAGGGCACACCCGGGAGCCCGCGGAAAAGGCGGCUGAGCCUGAGGUCCACAAGUAAUUCAGAAGAAGCAACUUCUAACAAAAUGACACAUCAGUUUAAUUCAAAGAGUAAUGAAGGCAAGCCUCUAUAUGAAUAUUUAAGAGGGCCUCGAACAAAUCCCAGUUCCAUGUUUCCCUAUGGAAAUAAGACAACCGGAAUGUUCAACAGAAAUUUUUUUUGUGAACAAACCAAACAUCAUUUGGCUAAGCGUGGAGGUGGCUCAGGAUCGGCAAACCCCACUUCCCACAGUGGAAUGAUAAGCAGCAUUAAGAAAGGAAACUCCUCAUUAAGUGUUGGAAGUAGUUUUACAACUAAAGAAGGUAUUAAUACUAACUUGUCUCCUACAAAAUCAAAGGAGAUUCAGAAAUUUAAUGGGAAUCCUUUGUCUUUGUGCUAUGAUUCAAAACUAUUUAAUUCAUUAUUAAUACCAUCUAAAUCAACUACUUGCCAUCGGUGUGGCCUUUAUGGAUCGCUGAGAUGUUCACAGUGUAAACAAACAUAUUACUGCUCUGCAGCUUGCCAGAGGAAAGAUUGGUCAGCACACAACAUUGUGUGCAAACCAGUUAAUAAGCAGAAUUUCCAUAAACCUGAAGAUGUAACCAAGUUACCGGUUGAAAUUAAAACAAUGGAAAUGAAAAGAGAGGCAAACUUUCCUUUUGAAACUACAACUGAAGCAGUAGGUCUUGGCAAGAAAAUAAUGUUUUCAGACUUGCCAAAUCUAGGGCUCAAGAAGACUAUGGAAAUUCAGGGAAUUGUUACAGAAUUCAAGCACCCAGGUGAAUUUUACCUGCAGAUCUAUUCAUCAGCAGUUUUAGAAUAUAUUGGAAAACUUUCGGUGAGCUUGAGAGAAACGUACACAAAUAUGGCAAUUCAAGAAGAAUACAUUCCUAUUAAAGGAGAAGUCUGUGUUGCAAAGUAUUUUGUGGACCAGACCUGGAACAGAAUAAUAGUACAAGAGGUUGAUGUACUGCAGAAAAAAGCCCAAGUAUUGUAUAUUGAUUUUGGAAAUGGUGAAGUCGUCCCAUUCAGUAGACUUCAGCAGUUGAAAAAAAAUAUUGAACUCUUUCCUCCUUGUGCCAUAAAGUGUCGGGUUGCCAAUGUUAUUCCAACAGCAGGAGGUUGGACUAAUGAUUGCAUCAAUACAGUAAAACCACUGAUAGCCGAACAGUAUUGUUCUGGGAAAAUUCUCGACAUAAUACAAGAAGAGUUUAUCUCUUUUGCAGUGGAUAUUGAACUUCCAGGUUCUGGAAAACACUUAGAUUGUGUGCUUGUGGAAAUGGGGCAUGGCUUGAGAUUAAAAGAGCAAAUUAUCAAGUCAGAAAAUUCCAAUGAAAGUUAUUUUGAAGCUAUCAGGAAUAAAUCUGAUGAAGAAGAGAAGUCAGUUGAGCAAGGAAAUAACCUAAAGAUGUUGUCUUUGAAUAUAGGAGAAGAGUUUUCAGCUGCUAUUGCUCACAUUUUAACUCCAGAAGAUUUCUUCUGUCAAUACCUGAAAAAUAGCAGUCAACUUUGUGAGCUUCAGUUAUCCGUAAAUGAAUACUGUGGUAGAUUGCCUGCUCACUCCAACUUUCAUCCAGCUGUUGGAGAUGUUUGCUGUGCCCAGUACACAGAGGACAAUCAGUGGUAUCGGGCAUCAGUUCUGGCCUAUGUCUCUGAAGAUUCUGCUUUAGUUGGCUAUGUAGACUACGGAAACUUUGAAAUUCUGAAUUUGAGUAGACUUUGCCCUAUGUCACCUAAUUUAUUUAAGUUGCCAGUUCAAGCUAUAAAGUGCUCUUUAGCAGGAGUGAAAUCACCAUCAAAGACCUGGACUCUGGAGGCCAUUUCAAUGAUGAAAAAACUAGUACAAAAUAAAAUGAUCACAGUGAAGGUAGUGGAUAAGAAAGAUAAUAGUUCUCUGGUGGAACUUAUGGAUACGUCUGUGAACCCCAGUAUAAGUAUAAAUAAAUGUCUCAUAGACGCAGGCAUCGCUGUUGAGGAAGGCAACCUAUUGACGGCAGACAAAGUUUUUAACUUCAAGGACAUGACCGCCAUGCUGACUGUAGAAGAAUCACUAAAUAAAAUGGAGUGGACAAAGGUUGAAUUAGCUGUUAACCAAGUAGUGGAUGUUCUGGUGUGUAUGGUAUAUAAUCCUGGAGAAUUCUAUUGUCAGAUACUUAAAGAGGAUGCUAUGUAUAGGCUAAAUGAACUGAACAAAUCUUUAGCAAAGUACUGCCAGCAAAGCUCACCUUACUUUCUAAAACCAACAGUGGGAGAACCAUGCUGUGCUUUUUUUCUAGGUGAUUAUAAUUGGUAUCGAGCCUUAGUAAAGGAAAUCUUACCAAAUGGAUACGUUAAAGUGCAUUUUGUGGAUUAUGGAAAUGUUGAGGAAGUAAAAUUAGAUAAGCUUCGACAAAUCUCUGCUGAAUUCUUAAGGCUUCCAUUUCAAGGAAUCCAGUGCUGGUUAUCAGACAUAAAGCCAAUAAGGAGAGAGUGGAGUAAGGAAGCCACAGCAAGAUUUCGGAUGUAUGUUGCAGGGAUAAAACUUCGAGCCAGAGUACUUGAUAUCAGAGACAGGGGUGCUGGAUUACAACUCACCGAUCUUUCGACAGAUCAUCCCCAAACAAUUAAUGACAUAUUAAUUAGUGAAAAUUUGGCUUUAAAAGAAGGGCUACCAAGUAGAGGCAAUUGCAAUAACAAUCCUAUUAAAAAAAUUAAUUCCCAUAUUGAUAGUAAAAUUCAAGGGUUAAGCAUUUCUAUGGAGCAUCAAGUUUCUGACCAGAUCCCUUUAGCCACUUCAUCUCCUUAUCUGUGGAAAACAAUAGAAUUUCCUGUGAAUGCAAGUAUUCCCGUGCAUAUAUUGGAAGUAAUAAACCCAAACUUGUUUUAUGCUUUUCCAAUCAAUAACAAAGUAGACCAAGGGAAAUUACAAAGGAUGACAAUGGAAUUAUUAGAACAUUGCAACUCUCAGAAAAAUAGACCCUCCUUUACACCACGUAUUGGAGAUGCUUGCUGUGCCAGAUUUUUAUGUGAUAACUACUGGUACCGAGCUAUUGUUCUGGAUAUCUCUAAUUCUGAGGUGAAGGUUGUAUAUGUAGAUUAUGGAAAUAUUGAAACUCUGCCCUUUUCUAGGGUACUGCCUAUUAGCCCAAGCUUCCUGGAACUUCCUUUUCAAAUAAUUAGGUGUUCAUUUGAAGGAAUAAUGCAGUUGCCUGGGAGUGAUUCUCUAUUAGUUACAGAUCAGUUAAAAAAACUAGUGCUGAAUCAGCGGGUCCUGAUCACAGUAAAAGGGAUCCAUGAGAAUGUCCAUGCGGUGUCUGUUUUGAAGCAGUCUGAAAAUGGUACCCUAAAUAUAGCUGAUACAUUGGUCCUGGAAGGCUUAGCAAAACCCAUCAAAAGUCACAACCAGAGUGUUUUGGAUAAAGAAGAGAUUCACCAGAUAAAUUGCUGUUGCCUAGAGUUACAAAAGAAAGUGGAAAAACAUGAACAGAUCCUUCUCUUUCUUUUAACCAAGUCAAUAGACCAAGAUAAAUUUACUGAAAUGAAAAGGUGGUUCAAAAUGUAAAUCUGUUUAACUUGCCAGUUAUAUACUUUUGAAGAUAUAUACCACAAUUAUUUUUAUUACUAUAUAUUAAAGAUAGCAUUUUGGAUUCAUAAUUUAUUGUUGGUAUUUGGUUCUUUGUUAAUGUAUCUAAUUGGAAAAUACCAUAGGAUUGUUUUGUUCUUGGAGUCCUUCUUUAAAUGGUAUCCAUUUAGGAGUAAAGCCUCUUGAGAUUAGCCUAGGGUUGUUGCUGGUUUAUUUUUUUUUUUAAUUUAAUCUUAUACUCUUACUACUCUGAAGUGUUGACUAAUAAAAUGUCUACAAAAAGUUUGUUUAGCAACAGAAUGUAUGGAUAUAUUUGUGAAUCAAACAGUUUAUAUCUUUAAUUCUGUAUAUCUAAUUUAUUUUAGAAUUCUCAUGCAAUUAUUUCCAUGAACACAUAGGCAGUUUACUGUAGCUCUACCAGGAUACUUUAGGAUAAUUUUUAAAGCUUUAGUCACACCACUUUUGUGCCUUUGUAUUGUUUAAACAACACCAGGUUCUGAAGCUCUAGUAUUAAUAAAUACGAUUGAUUAAUGUAAAUAAAGUUAAGAAUUUUGUGCCUUCA